GGGAAAGCUUUGCUCGUGAGAUGCAACAACCGCGAGGAGGAAGACCAGACCUCCAUAAAAAAUCCUUUCCGACCUUUCGUGAGACAGAUGACAUUUUUACCUUCUUCCAAGUUUUUGCUCACUCUUGUAGAGAUCAAGGUGUGCCUAAAAAGUACUGGAUGAGUGCUUUACGCAUUAAUGCUGAAGGCGAGUUGAGAGAACUGUUGAACUCUUUGCCACUGGAGUAUGCAGAUGAUUUUGACUACUUUUAUGCUUUAGCCAAGUCUCACUUUGCGCUAACAUCAGAAGAUUGUUUUCGGCAUUUAGAAGCAGACCAGAAGAAGUCUCGGGAAAGCUUCUCAGCCUUUGCUGCACGGAUGGGCAGAAAUGUGGAACGUUGGGCUGACACAGCCGAGGCUGUAACCCGAGAGGAGGUUUUAGAUCUGUUUGCAAAAGAACUGUUUUACAGACGCCUCCCUCGAGAUUUGAUGGCUCUGGUCAGAGACCAGCAGCCCCGUUCUCUGACUGAAGCAGGCAUGCUAGCAGAUCGUAUGUUUAAAAACAGAGCUGGAGAAAAGUAUACUUUGUUUCGGAGACCGGAGUACGUUCCUGUGAAACCGCCGAGGCGAGAGACCGCAGGUAUGCAGAAACCAGGGCAACCGGCGAAGGAAGAGAAAGGGGGGCCUGCUGGCUACUUCAAAGUGCCUUCCGCCCGGCCCGAGGCUGCAUUGCAAGAGAAGCCCCGUGGAGAAAUAAUCUGCUUUAAAUGUGGGCAAAUUGGUCAUAAGGCUAAUUCCUGUUCUAAAACCUUGUCUAAGCCCAAUCCUGCUGGAAGGAAGAACCCAAAGGUUGCUCCAGUUGCACGCGUGAGAGACUUAACGUCCCCUGGAGCGGAACCUCCUGAACUUUCUUCAUGGUCGUCAGCCGAGGAGAAUGAAGGAGCAGAAUCGGAUUUUGUAUUUUCUGCCCCAAAUUCACAAGACCGUCCUGAGACCCCUCGUGGACCAGUUGUUAAAGCCCUGUCGGAAGCUGAACCAGAUUUCCCAAGUGGAUCCGUAUCCUUUGCCUAGGAUGGACCAUUUAAUAGAAAGACUGGGAGCAGCAAAAUACAUCACUACACUGGAUUUAACUAAGGGAUAUUGGCAAGUGCCUCUAGAUGGGGACGCUGCUGUGAAAUCUGCUUUUGUCACGCAUAUGGGUUUGUUCCAGUUCAAGGUUCUCCCAUUCGGACUUCGAAAUGCCCCAGCCACGUUCAUGAGGCUUAUUAAUUCUGUGAUUAAUGGCCUAGGUGAAUUUUCUUGUGCGUAUCUGGACGAUCUGGCCAUCUUUAGCCCUGACUGGAAGUCGCAUUUGAACCAUUUGAGAAUUGUUUUACAGCGACUGCAGGCCGCUGGACUAACCAUCAAAGCGCAGAAAUGUCAAUUUGGUCUGGGGGAAGUUGUGUAUUUGGGCCACAGGGUGGGGCAGGAUUGUGUCAAACCCCUAGAGGCUAAGAUCGAAGCUAUUCAAAAUUGGCCUGUCCCUAAGACCAAGAAACAGGUUCAAUCUUUUUUGGGGUUAGCCGGCUAUUACAGAAAAUUUGCUCCACAUUUUAGUAGUGUUGCUACCCCUCUAACUGAACUGUGCAAAAAGACUAUGCCAAUGCGUGUCAUUUGGACUGAUAAAUGUCAAAGUGCUUUUGAUGCUUUAAAGACGAUGUUGAUAAACUCUCCUGUUUUGAAAG